AUGCCGGACAUGAACCGAGAGAAAUGUGAUGCAUAUUACCGACGUAAAUCAUUAUUACAAAGUGAUCAAAUCGAAUUGCCAGCGCAAAAAGAAAUAUUAAAACGUCAUAAAGAACAUUUGACAAGUGUAUUAAAUGAAUAUAUUGGUAAACCAAUUCAAUUAGAUAUUGGUGUAACACCACCAUUAACUGGUGCUAAGGACGAUUUAUGGGUAUCACCAAGUGAUUUAUUAAUCCCACAUGUACGAUUGAAACCACCAUUAACUAGCAAACAUGUUCAGGCAUUAACACAUGCUGGUAUUUUAGGUAAAUCUAAGCAACGUAUAGCUAUUGGCAGAGAAAUACAAGAAAAAUAUCAAAAUGAAAUAUUAGAUCGUUUUGAUGUUGAAAUGAGACUGUUAGCAGAUAAAUUAAAUUUUAUUUGCCACAAAGAAAUUACAAAGGCUGUAUUCGAAGAAAGACUUCGUGGUGAAAAUGAAUUAAAAAUGGAACUCAAUCGGGUAGAACAUGAAUAUAAAAGUCAAUUGAAGGAAGAAUUAAAUAAAUUACAAUCUAUAUUGUUGGCGGAACAAGAACAAAAACUUGAAAAGCAAAAGCAAACGUUACUGGAAGAAGCAAGACAAAGCAAAAAAGAUGCAAUAAAUGAUAUAGCAAAUAAAUUAUUAAACAAAUUCCAACAUGAAUUUGAAUUACAAUCACAAAAACACAUUAAAGAUGUAGCACAAGCAAUUAGAAUUGAAGAAGAAAAAAUUACAAAAGCCUUAGAGAAUGCAAAUGCAGAUAAAUUAGAAGCAUUACGUAUAUUAAGGCAUGAUUUAGAAUGUCGUAAUAUGGCAAAUUUGAUGUACAUCUUAACGGCUGAACGUAAUCGCUGCGAAAAUGAAAAACAAAAAAUUUACAAUGAAUAUAAAAUAUUAAUCGAUGAAAUGAUAUCAAAAGCAUUGGAUUUAUAUAAAGAUAUUUUAGAUUUAAAAUCAUCAUCCAAUAAAAUAAAAGAUAAAGAAUGGCUUUUACCACCAAGAUUUCAAACAAAAAUGGACACUUUUAAUGGGGAUGAAAAUAAAUAUGCAAUUAAAACAUUGGAUGAAGACUCGCCAUUACCAAGUCAACAAACAUUGAGUAGUAAAACUGAGUUAAAUCAUUUAUUGUAUAAUAAAUAUGUUUAUGUACGUGAAGAUUUUCGUAAUAGAAAAGCAAUAAAUCUCGAACGAAAUGAAUAUGGUUUAUGGCUCGAUGCAUCUUAUAACAGUGGAGACAAAGAUGAUGCAAUAAGUUUGGGUAAAAGAACAUAUUAUCCACCAUCUUCACAAGUUCAUUUCCAUUUGAAACCAACUGAUGAAGAUGAGAAGAAUGUAUCACAUAGUAGUUCAGUGCGAAAUGCCGAAGGACAACAAACGUUUAUAAAUCCAUCCAAAGAAAGUGAUAAUUCAGUGAGAAUUGAAGCAAAACAGCCCCAAAGUACACGCAAUGGAAAUAAUCAAAACGGUAAAACACAAUCAACAAUCUCACGUGGCUCCAUAUUACGACGAGCAUCGUUUAAAGGGAGUAAAAAAAGUAUUAUUGGUAUGAUCACUACAGCCAUGAACCGAAAACCUUCCAGUGCACUUAUAGAACAAGCAGAUGAAGAUUUGGAUGUACCAGUUCGAUUGUCUGCUGUUGAUAUGGUUUCUGAACAUACGAAUAAACAUUCUUCAAAAUUACUUGUCACUAAAAACUCAUUAGUUAUACAUCAACGUAAAAAUGAGCCAAUCAAUGUGAAUGAGUCUGACGAAACUCCAGGUGAAAUAAUCGAGAAUAAAGAUUUACUUACGAAACCUUUAAUAACAACAAGUGUAGUAUCAUUUUUAAUAGCGCCAGUUAAGGAUGAUCUUGAUUCUAUAACAACAUCCAAAUUAUCAGUAGCACGUAAUUCUGUUGAACUGAUCAGACAAAAAAGUGCUACCCGAUCAAAAACUGAUGUACCAUCGCCAAAAAAGAAACCCACAUCGUCUGCAAGUUCAAUAUUGUUUAAAAUGCUACCAAAUGAUGAUGUGAGAUUGUAUAAAAAACCAUCACCAAACAAUAUCACAGAAGUAAGAAAAAUACCAUCAAAGAAAAUACGAAAAUCGAUUGGCCACGACGAUGAAGUUCCUAUUGAAGCUAUUGCAUCAAAAUUGACAUUAGCAACAGAUUCAAUUGAAUUAGUGAAACAAAAAAGUAAGAGUGCUACAAAAGUCAAAUCAAAGGCAACAAAAGGAGAUAUUAAAAGUUCAAUCUUGAUCGCUCAUAAUGGAUCUGUGAAUGUUAAUGAUCAACAAUCAGGUCAAAAUCCUUCACUUAGUACUGAUGCUGUUAAUACAAACAAAUACGAAGAUAUUGUUAAGAAUUGGUCUGAUGCAAAUAAGAUAAAAAAUAAUGAUGCACAACUAUCACCAUUAUCAAAAGGUAAAAUAUCACGUGUAGCGAUUAUUGAAGAGCCAGUGAAUAUUAUAUACGCGGAUUCAGUUUCUUAUUCGGGAGCAAUCAAUCCUUUCAAUGAAUUGGACACAAUGGAUCUAUUUUCAUUAAAUCAUUUAGAUGCUGGCGACGCUCAAGACUUUGCGCCCCUUUCACCUCCGGGAAUAGACGGUCCAGUUAAGCAUGACAAAUAA